GUGACGUCGCGCGGCCCCGCCCCGCCGCGCCUGGCCGAGGCGAGCCGCGGCGGCCGCUGCGGGCUGAGAGAAGAUGGCGGCGCCGGGCGAGUACUUCAGCGUGGGCAGCCAGGUGUCGUGCCGCACCUGCCAGGAGCAGCGCCUGCAGGGCGAGGUCGUCGCUUUCGACUACCCCAGCAAGAUGCUGGCGCUCAAAUGCCCCUCUUCCAGUGGAAAGCCUAAUCACGCAGAUAUCCUGCUUGUAAACUUACAGUAUGUUUCAGAAGUGGAAAUAAUUAAUGACCGCACGGAAACACCUCCUCCUUUAGCUUCACUCAAUGUUAGCAAGCUUGCCAACAAAGCACGGACGGAGAAGGAAGAGAAGAUGAGCCAGGCGUAUGCAAUUAGUGCUGGUGUCUCUCUGGAGGGGCAGCAGCUCUUCCAGACUAUACACAAGACCAUUAAAGACUGUAAAUGGCAGGAGAAGAACAUAGUUGUGAUGGAAGAAGUCGUUAUUGCCCCUCCCUAUCAAGUGGAAAACUGUAAAGGCAAAGAGGGAAGCGCGCUGAGUCACGUACGCAAAAUAGUGGAGAAACAUUUUCGAGACGUGGAAAGCCAAAAGGUAAUGCAGCGUUCACAAGCACAGCAGACACAGAAGGAAACCUCCCUCUCGUCCUGAGGCCCACCUCCUGGCACUGGGGACCCCCACCGCCCGCCACCGGGUCACCGAGGCGGGAGGGCGGCGGCGACGGGGGGCUCAACUUUUAUUUCCUUUUUCGAGCUCGUUAAUGGGGAGCUUGACCGAUUCCAAACCUUAGACUUUAAAACAAACGAGAAAAGAGAAUAAUUUAAAAGCUCAUGCAUUACUUGA